UUUAGGACCAUUUCGUAAAAGCUCAUUUAUAACCAAGACACGAUAACGGCUUUCUUAAAUAAUAAUAAUAAAAAGAUAACGGGUUUCUUGUAAUGCUUGGUUAGGUUGUUCAUUUGCAAUGCAUGUUACAGUUAAUUCCGUCUUGGAAUAAUAUCAACACUGCAACAGGCAAUGCAAAUACAAUACGAUAUGUGACCCGUUACUGUAUAAACAUCAAGAACAAACUGUUAUUCCUUUACUACAGCCAUUUUUGAGCCACAGACCCUCGUCACUCAAUUCAAGUCCACUGGGUAGUCUGUCAUUGAUCAACCUGCUUUUUCAGUUUGUUUCUGAUAUUUGCUCAGUGUAAGCGCAGAUUUACCCCAACCCUCGGUCCCGUGAGGAGGAGCUCGUUCAUUUCCCCCAACGAAGAAACCAAAUGAUCCCCUUUCCAGCCGCAAAGCAGUGACAUGGCCGUCGCCGUAUUUAUCUGUGUCCUGUCGCUUUUGCCGGGCUUUGCGGUGUCCGGGAGAAAUCCUGCCGAGGAGUCCUCGGAGCUGCAAAGUUUUGGUUUGACAUCCCUUGCCUCAGGCACGGUGCAGCUUAGGCAGAGCUCCCCCACCCUGUCUGAAGUCACUCACCUGGAGCUUCUAGUGGUGGUGGGGGCCGAUGUGCAGCAGGUGCACAGGCAGGACACGGAGCGCUACAUCCUCACCAACCUGAACAUAGCGUCGGAGUUGCUCCGCGACACCUCGCUGGGGGCCAACCUGCGGAUUCACCUUGUGCGCACAAUCAUCCUGACGGAACUAGAGCCAGAGAUCCAGAUCACGGACAACAUCACUUCCUCCCUGAUUAGCGUGUGUGAGUGGGGGCGCAGGGUGAAUCCCGUCAGUGACACCGAUCCCCUGCAUGCUGACCUGCUUCUCUAUAUCACACGGUUUGACCUGCAGCUGCCUGACAGAAAUAAGCAGGUGAGAGGCGUGGCCCAGCUGGGCGGGGCCUGUACCAGCCAAUGGAGCUGCAUCAUCACCGAGGACACGGGGUUUGACUUGGGCAUCACCAUCGCUCACGAGAUAGGUCACAGUUUUGGCAUCAGCCACGACGGGACGGGCAACAGCUGUGGCAGUGGCGGAUUCAUCAUGGCCACCGACGGCGGAUACGGCAGCACGGACCUCACGUGGUCUCAGUGCAGCCGAGAGCAGCUGAGCCGCUUCUUCAGUGCAGGUCACGCAGACUGCGUGAGGGACCUGCCCGUGGACGGGGGUUCCCUGCAGGACUGGAAACCAGGGCUGUACUACGGCGUAGACGACCAGUGCCGUAUCGCAUUUGGCAGCACUGCCCGGGCCUGCUCCUUCAGGAGUGAUGACGUCGAUGCAUGCCGGGUGCUCUCCUGCCACGUCGUCCCAGGCGAUCAGAGCUCCUGCACCCGCCUGCUCGUCCCUCUGCUGGACGGAACCGAGUGCGCGCCCAAUCAGUGGUGCCUGAAGGGGCGCUGUGUGUCCCCAUCUCAGCUGAGCGGCGGCAUUGCGGUGCACGGAUCCUGGUCCAGCUGGACCGAGUUCUCCUCCUGCUCCCGCACCUGCGGAGGGGGAGUGAGCGCCAGGAGGAGGCACUGCAACAACCCCCGGCCUGCGUUCGGCGGAAACAACUGCGAGGGAGCGGACAUGGAGGCCAGACUUUGUAACACACAGCCCUGCAGGGGGAGCCAGCUGGACUUCAUGACGGAGCAGUGCUCCAUGACCGACUCCCAGCCGCUCCGCCUGUCCCCCACCAGCGCCUCCCUCUACCACUGGGUCCCCGCCGUGGGCCAUGUCACAGGAGACCUCCAAUGCAGGCUGCUCUGUAGGUCCCAGGGAGAGGACUUCAUGGUGAGCCGGGGGCCGCAGUUUUUGGACGGGACACGCUGCGAGCCCAACUUCCCACCCCCUCCUGGCUCCGUUCCCGCCUGUCUGGGGGGGAAGUGCCAGUUCUUUGGCUGCGACGGUCUGCUUCGCUCCACAAAGGUGGAGGACGCCUGUGGGGUGUGUGGUGGAGACGGCUCCUCCUGCACACUCAUCUCCGACUCCUACGCAGAGGGUGCAGCUAAAGAGUACAUCACAUUCCUGACCCUUCCACAGAAUGCCACUCAGGUUCAGAUCGUUAACACACGCCCCCUCUUCACACAUCUAGCUGUACUGGUCCGGGGAAAGUACGUGGUGGCUGGGGGGGGCCGCAUAUCCCUAAACACCACACACCCAUCCCCUCUGGAGGACAAUCAGCUGACCUAUCGCCUCACCCUGACCCCUGACCUCCUGCCCCACAAAGAGGAAGUGCUGCUGCAGGGGCCAGUAACGGAGGAGACACGUGUGCAGGUCUACAGGAAGUAUGGGAAAGAGUACGGGGAAGCCACUAGCCCCAACAUCUCCUACUCCUUUUUCCUGCCUAGGAACUCGAGCUCAGUCAGGGCCAAGUGGCAGACGCGCCCCACUUCCUGUUCUGUCACAUGCGGCUCAGGGCUCCAGCAGAGCGCUGUCGUAUGUCAGGAUAUAAACACGGGAGAUACCUUGGCUGACUCCCUCUGUGAGGGGCACCCUCGCCCCCCAGGCCUGCGGACUCCCUGCCUCCUCUUGCCCUGCCCUCCCGAGUGGGAGACAGGGGCAUUCGGGCCCUGCAGCGCCUCUUGUGGCACGGGGGAGAUGGUGCGGCUGGUCAGAUGUGUCCAGAUGCAGGGGGAGGAGAGGCUCGAACGGCCAGCUUCUGAAUGCCCCCAGAAUUGGGUACCGCUGGCCAUUCGCACCUGCAACACUGUUCCCUGUCCAGUAAGGUGGCGAGUCUCUGAGCCUGGGGAGUGUUCGGCGGUGUGCGGCCCGGGUGAGGCCUGGCGCGCGGUGACCUGCGUGCGCACAGAGCGUAACGUGGAUUCCCAUGUGGACGACACUCUCUGCCUGCAGUCCGACAGGCCGCCCAACACGGUGCCCUGCGUCGUGAACAUCUGCCCCGUCGGCUGGGAGAUAAAGGCCGAGGUACAGGGGAAAUACAAGACACUCGUCAUGGCCCCGCCCCCACGGGCGGAGCCGGUCUAUGUGUGGAGCCCCAUGAUUGGCCAGUGCUCGAAGAGCUGUGGAAUGGGACAGCGGCACAUAUGGUACACGUGUGUGAACCACAGCUCCACGCAGCAGGUUCUGGAGAUCUACUGCAACGGGUCAAGAAAACCGGAGCCUUACACACAACUCUGCAACUUCACCGCCUGCCCUCCGACGUGGCGCUACCAGCAGGGUGCAUGCAGUGCGACGUGUGGAGGGGGCCUGGCUCACCAGGUGUCGUACUGCUCCCAUGAUACAGAAUUGGGGGGGGAGGAGAUUGUGAGUGACUCCGAGUGCGCCGAGCCCCGCCCAUCCGAAAGGGUCCUGUGUAACCCAGAGCCCUGUCCUGCCAGGUGGAGAGUGCAGGAGGUGGGGUCCUGCUCGGCGUCCUGCGGCCUGGGGGUUUCCCGCCGUCGUGUCUCCUGUGUCCGCUUCGAGCAGGGAGCGGAGAGGGAGCUGACUGAGGACCACUGUCCCCAGGACCACAGGCCGGCCGCCACACAGCCCUGCCUGGUGCUCGUCUGCACAUUCAGGUGGGAGGUGCAGGAGUGGAGUGAGUGCUCUGUGACCUGUGGGAACGGGGUGCAGUCCAGGGCGGUGUCCUGCGUGGGACCUGGCCACCCCCAACAUCUGAGCCCGCUGCUGUGCAUGCAUCUACCCAAACCAAUAACCAUCCAGGCGUGCCACCCCCACCACUGCGUCCCCCCGACUCCCGAAGCCGCCGGGGCCACAGUGCAGCCCUCCGGGGCCACAGCGCAGCCCUCCACCCCGGAAAGCCUCCCCACAGGCCCAACUCACCCCACCCCUGGCGAUCAGGUCACGGGCGUGGUGUCAUCCAGCACUCCGCAGGUCACCGUGCAGCUGACGACCCCCCCACCGGCUUCUACAGUCCCCACCCAGACCAGUCCGUGUGGGCAGCUCCUCCUGCGGGGGUCAGGCCAGGUGGACCUGAGUGGGGGUACCAGCCGUGACUGUAUCCUGACCAUCGGGCGGCCGCUGGACGAGGUGAUCCGUGUCACCGUGGAGUUCAGCUCCCUGGACUGCACCAGCAGGGAGUUUGUGGCGUUUUACGACAGGCUGAUGCUGGUGAAAAAGUGCGAGCAAGUCUCAGGCUUUACGGUUACCAGUCACACCAACGUCCUGCUGGUGCGGCAGGGGCUGGUCACGCCCGGCAAUGGGGUCCUGCUCACCUACCACAGCCUGAAGUCCACCAAGAAAGGCCUCUACAGAGACUGUGACCGGCAGCUGUUCGGGCCGGCGGGCAAGAUCGUGAACCCCACGAGACCGGCAGAUCCGGGCAGGCAGGCCUGCCGCGUCUUCAUCAACACCCAGCCAUCCACUCGGAUUGAGAUCCGGGCCCUGAGUAUAGAGCCAGCGCUGGAGGGCAUUACGACCCAGUCCACCUUCAUACUGAUCCGGGACGUCAGGGCGAUGAAGACCACAGUUUUCCUUGGCAACCAGUUGUUCCUGUGGCGCUCGGCUGGCAGCGCUGUGGAAAUUGAGUUCCAUGGAGGCUUCCUGCAGCAUUCUGGGAGCUUCCGGGGGGAAUAUUCUGCCAUCUGACCUUGAGUGGCUGUACUGUGCCCCUCCCACCAGCCCCACCCAUCUCCCCAGGCCCCACCCAUCUUCCUCCACAGGCCCCACCCAUCUCUCCCAACAGGACAUUUUCUGUCAUUUUUCAUAUCAGUGCCGAUACCAUUACCACUCAUGUGCUAGAUUCCAUAAACAAAACGUAACAAACGCAAUUUAACUUCAAUUGAGGUUACAGAAGACACAUGUAACUUCUUGAAACUUAUUUUAUUGAAUCUCUCCACAAGAUCUGCCACCCACUUUCACUAUAAAACAGACAGAUGUGAAGUUUAGUAAAUGUGCAACUCUUUCUAGACAGCUAAUAGUUAACUACCUAGUUAUUGUUACACAAAAUGUAUAAACAGGGACAAGUAAACAUAUACUGAAAUUUCCAACCAACGAACCACCAACCUGUUUAGAGAUGGGGGUCAUAUGAAAUUAAAACACGAUUUGUAUACAUUCUAAUAGCCCCUUUGCAACAAAAAAUUGAACCCUUAGAGAAACGUGUAACACUACUGCCAAUUGUACUGGGCGAUCCCUGUGUAAUUAUACACAUUUAUUUAAUGUCAAUGACAUUCCUACAUAUCCAUACACUUUAUGGUUCUAAAUCUGCUUAUUUUAUACGUAAAAGUGAAAUGUGCAAACGUGAUAUUUACAGGGGCUAUUGAUCUUAAUAAUAAAACUCAGCAUACAAACA